GGCCACACUGCCUACCCUUUUAACGCUAGUGGGAAAAAAAAUUGGGAUGGAGUCAGAAUCCGUCGAUCAGGAUCGGAAUUGGCUAGGGCCGAGUGCACUUCUCACAGAAUCGGAACGAUCUGCUGUGGACGAUGCAGAACCGAUGCUAUAUCUAAAACCCUCUUGUUUUCUUCUUUUGGGGAAGAAUAUAAACCCUCCUCAAAUCUGCUGAAAAAGUCUUGCUUCAACCUCUUCUGCUGUUAUUUGAUUCGGAUAGAGCUCAACUAGAGCUUCAUGACGGAACCAAUCAUGAAUCCCUUCUCAUCAGGAACGCGGUUCAGCUGAUGGAGAACCGUUCUGUAAUUUUCUGAUAUUGGUUCACGGAAAGAAAGCUUAGUUGAAACUUGAAGACUUGAAUCACAUCCAGUGAAUUUUUCCCAGAAUGAAAUCAACUGCUAUGAGUUACAAGACGCUAACCAAGUGGUCAAAACAAAUUACAUCAUCCCAAGUCCAGCAGCUGAUACGAGCAGAAAGGGACAUCCAGAAAGCCCUUCUCGUAUUUGAUUCAGCAACGGCAGAGUACUCUAAUGGUUUCCGGCAUGAUCAAAACUCCUUUGGUCUCAUGAUUGCCAGAUUAGCCUCCGCUAACCGGUUCAGAGAAGCCGAGGAGCUUCUUAGUAGAAUGAAGGAGGAGAAAUGUAACAUCACUGAAGACAUCUUCCUCUCCAUAUGCAAAGCUUAUGGCCGGGCUCACAAGCCAUUGGAUGCCGUGAGGAUUUUUCAGAGGAUGAAAGAAUUCCAAUGUGAACUGACUGAAAAAUCUUAUGUCACAGUCUUCUCUAUACUUGUCAAUGAGAGUCAGUUGAAGAUGGCCCAAAGGUUUUAUAAGUAUAUGAAAGAAAUGGGUAUUCUGCCAAGUGUUGCUUCACUCAAUGUUUUGAUUAAGGCCCUCUGCAUGAACAAUGGGACAAUAGAUGCCGCUUGUCGGGCAUUCAAAAACAUGCCUAAUCGUGGUUGUAUUCCUGAUUCUUAUACAUAUGGAACUUUAAUUAAUGGGUUAUGUAAAUUCGGGAGGAUUUCUGAAGCAAAAGAGCUUUUCAAAGAGAUGGAGGCGAAAGGUUGUUCUCCCUCUGUUGUUACCUACACUUCUUUAAUACAUGGCUUAUGCUUGUCUAAUAAUUUGGAUGAAGCCAUGGGAUUAUUCAAAGAUAUGAAAAUGAAAGGUAUCAAUCCCAAUGUGGUUACUUACAGUUCUCUGAUGGAUGGUCUCUGCAAGGGGGGCAGAUCUUCAAAAGCUAUGGAGCUAUUGGAAAAGAUGGUAGGUGACCGUCAUCCUCCAAAUAUGAUAACUUAUAGUACAUUAAUUAAUGGAUUUUGUAAAGAAGGGAAGCUUCGGGAAGCCUUGGAGAUUCUUGACAGGAUGAAGGUGCAGGGCUUGAAACCGGAUGCAGGAUUGUAUGGAAAAAUCAUAAAUGGCCUCUGUGAUAUCCUUAAGUUCCAAGAGGCGGCAAACUUCCUUGAUGAGAUGGUGCUUGGGGGUAUCUCGCCUAAUCGUUUGACUUGGAAUCUUCAUGUUAAGACUCACAACCGAGUGGUUCAGGGCCUUUGUACCAAGAAGAAUGGAAAUCGAGCAUUUCAAGUGUAUCUGAGUAUGAGAACCAGGGGGAUCUCUAUUGAUGCCGAGACAUUCAGUGCUCUUGUGAGUUGCUUCUCUGAAAAAGGUGAUAUCCACAAGUCUGCUCGGAUAGUCGAGGAGAUGGUUGUUGAAGGAUGUGUUCCAGAUGAGGCCAUAUGGUUUGCUGUUGUUGGUGGAUUCUGGUGUCGGAGGAAGGUGCACGAAGUUGCUGAGUUGGUUUUGGUUCAGCUGAUGGAUGAAAGCAGUAGUUUGAGAUAAGUAUUAUUACAACCAAGGGAAUCUUUUGCAGACCCAUUCGUGGAGUCACAUGCUUUUCCAUUAAGGGGAAAUCAUCCGGAGGAAUUGUGCUUUACAUGAUUCUUGUAGGGCCGAACCAAGACAUAAUCAAGAUACCUACUCCCUUGAAGUUAUUUUAGAUAAAUGGAAAUGACAUUAAAGCAGCAAUCAUCCACUCCACCCUCCAUUCCUCCAAUACUGAAAAUUUGUACUGAAUGGUAUGGGCAUUUGUAACUUUCAAAUGCAAGGAAUUCAAAGCAAAGGUGUUGAAGUAUGGUCAAAAUGUUGACUGCAUUGUAUUGGAUUCGGCAUAACCAGAGGGUGUUAAUAUGAUAAAGAUCUGAAAUUACUAUAUCAAUGGGGGUCUGGCUGGAUGAACCAUUCACGUGACUCAAAAGAAAAUGACUGUCAAGAGAAGCCAAUCUUGAUGGACUGUGCAAAUCGAAAUUUUGCCAUAAGUACUUCAUUGUUGGUGCUGACUUAAGCAUGACAACUCAUUCAGAGAUGGGAGAUGACAUAUAACUGCGAGUACCCAAGCUCUGGUCAAAAAACUUUGCAACAGGAAUUUCAGGAGGCCUCUGACUCGACACUAUUCAAAAAGCACAUGCAUGAGCAAGCUAGAAGAUAUUUCUAUGGAAGUUUUAACCACAGGACAGGCCCAAGCUCCUAAAUGAAACCUUCAGACCAGAUUAUGAAAGCAAUAGUUUGAGCUGGAAACCUAGACCUCAAUAACAUUUUUUGAAUUGAUGCUGUUGAAAGUGUUCCAGCAACUCUGCUAUGGCCAACAUGAACAAACUGCAGCAGUAUUAUGGACAAUAUCUAUUUGGCUAUUGAAUGCUACGUAUUUAGAUUGUGAAUUUAAGCAACAUGAAUAACUGCAAAUGGUUUCAUUCAUUGUGUCUUAGUUGGAAUUAUUAAGGGAGAUACCUUUCUUCUCUAUUUAACCUUUUUUUUUGGGUAAGUUUUUUUUUUAUUAACUGGAAAUGCCUGAAGUUGUAAUCUUUUGUCUCAUUUACCAACCUGAACAACUGUAGUGGUAUUAUGGA